UCACGUGACCUGCCCCCUGAGCCAGGCUGACCAAUUCCAAUAUGGUGGCCAGCUUGGCAGGUCUACGGUUCUUGUUGAUGAUAUUGUUGUCGUGCGGGAUCAGCUUGGGCUCCUGCGGCCAGGGAGCCCCGCUCGUCCUGGGCCUGCGCCUGGAGGAGCCGGCGGCGGCGGCGGCCCGGGUGUACAUGAAGAACCGGAUCAUCUCGGCGCCGCACGGAGCCACAUUCAAGCUGCGUCUCUUCGGCACCGACCUCCAUCCGCGGACGCCGUCGCCGUGGAUAGCGUUCGCGGGGGCACCCGCGGGGGCCGCCGGGGCCGUGGGGGACGGUUCGGACCCGUGCGAGGACGAGUCCAACCGGAAGGAGUCCGCUUUUCAGAUCAAGGAGCCGUUCAUCCCGGAUGAGGAGCACAGCGGGCUGCUGACGGUGGAAGUCCCGCGGAGGAUUGUGGCGGCGGGCGGCGAGCGGACUCUCCAUCAUCUGUGCGUGCUGGCGGGGGAAAGGUGGGCCUCGGUGGUCCCGGACAAACUGCGCAUCGCCUCGGACGAGGAUCUGCCCGCGGACCACAUCCCGGCGUGGGGCCUGGCGCUGCUCAUCCCGCUGCUGCUGCUCCUCUGCGGGCUGCUGAGGACUGUCAACCUCAGCCUGCUCUGGCUCGACCCCGUGGAGCUUUACGUGCUCCACAGCUGCGGCUCCGAGGAGGAGAAGCGGGCCGCCAAGCGCCUGGAGCCCAUCAGGAGGAGAGGGAACUUUCUGGCCUGCUCCCUCCUCUUCCUGUGCGUGCUGGGCCACUCCGUUCUGGGAGUGCUCCUCUACCGGGCCCUGGGCUCCAUCGCCUCGGCCGUCUUCACCAGCGCCCUCCUGGUCUUCUUCCUGGCCGAGCUGCUGCCUCACGUCCUGUGCUCCGGCUACGGCUUCCAGAUGGCGCCGGGCCUCACCUGGCUGGCCCAGGUGUGCAUGGUGCUCACCUGCCCCCUGUCCUGCCCCCUGGGGCUGGUCCUGGACCUGGCGCUGCGCCGGGACAUCAGCACCUGCGGCAUCAGGGAGAGGGCCAUGGAGAUGAUCCGCACCAGCGUCAACGACCCGUACAGCGAGUUUGUGAAAGAGGAGUUCAGCCGCGGGACUCUGCGCAGCAAGACCGUGGAGGACAUCUUGACCCCCCUGAAGGACUGCUUCAUGCUGCCCAGCUCCACCCUGCUGGACUUCUCCACCAUGUCGGACAUCAUGCAGAGCGGCUACACGCGGGUGCCCAUCUAUGACGAGGAGAGGUCCAACAUUGUGGAGAUCCUCUACGUCAAGGACUUGGCCCUGGUGGACCCGGACGACUGCACCCCCAUGACCACCAUCACCAAGUUCUACAAUCACCCGCUGCACUUUGUCUUCAACGACACCAAGCUGGACGCCAUGUUGGAGGAGUUCAAGAAAGGCAACAGUCACAUGGCCAUCGUCCAGAAGGUCAACAACGAGGGGGAGGGGGACCCCUUCUACGAGGUUCUGGGCCUGGUCACCUUGGAGGACGUCAUCGAGGAGAUCAUCAAGUCGGAGAUCUUGGACGAGUCGGACGGUUACCUGGACAGGAAGCUGAAGCGUCCUCUGGUGCCCAUGGAGAUCCCCCUGGAGCCUCGCGGGGCCCCCGAGGAGUUCUCCCUCUUCAAGCCCCCCGAGGGAGAGGCCAAGAUCCGAACAUCGCCGCAGCUCCUGCUGGCCACUCAUCGCUUCCUGUCCAGAGAGGUGGAGCACUUCAGCCCAGCACGCGUGUCCGAGAAGGUCCUCUUCCAUCUGCUGCGCCACCCCAGCGUCAACCAGGAGGUGCACUUCGACGCCGGCGACCGCCUGAGCCCCGCCCACUACCUGUACACGCGCAACCACCCGGUGGACUACUUCAUCCUGCUGCUGCAGGGUCGCGUGGAGGUGGAGAUCGGCAAGGAGGGGCUGAAGUUUGACAACGGCGCGUUCACGUACUACGGCGUGUCCGCCCUCACACUGCCCUCCUCAGUGCCCCAAUCUCCAGUGUCCACUCAGCACCAGUCCCCCAGAGAUCCCUUUGACUCGUCGGAGGCGACCAGCCCGUCUAGUUACUGUCCAGACUACACCGUCAGAGCACUCACCGACCUGCAGCUCAUUCGGGUGACACGCCUCCAGUACCUCAACGCCUUAAUGGCGUCACGGGCCGGUCCCAGUCCAGAUCCUCCUGAGAUCAAAAUCCUCCCCAACAGUCACACCAAACUGCUGAACGACAAGAACGCUGCUGCGCAAGACUUCAGCUUCUCUUUCUUUGACACCAUUGACAACUACUGUUAGUGCGUCUGUGCACGAGGUGGCGGCGGCGUGCUGGAGAGCUCCACGGAAGAAGAAGAAGCUCGAGCGUAGUCACUUCUCUCCAUUCCUUCUUGACAUCAUUCUAGUUAUCAUUAUUAUUAUUAUUAUUAUUAUUAUUAUUGUUUUUGUUGUUUAAAAAACACUGUCUUUAGGCUUUAUUUGCUUAGAUUUCAUGUGGGCUGACAGUUGUUGUGUGUGUGUGUGUGUGUGUGUGUGUGUGUGUGUGUGUGUGUGUGUGUGUGUGUGUGUGUGUGUGUGUGUGUGUGUGUGUGUGUGUUCUUGUAUUUCUACUAGGGAUGUCCGAUAAUGGCUUUUUGCCGAUAUUCCGAUAUUGUCCAACUCUUUAAUUACCGAUACCGAUAUCAACCGAUACCGAUACUGAUAUAUACAGUUGUGGAUUUAACACAUUAUUAUGCCUAAUUUGGACAACCAGGUAUGGUGAAGAUAAGGUCCUUUUUUUUUUAAAUUAAUAAAAUAAAAUAAGAUAAAUAAAUUAAAAACAUUUUCUUGAAUAAAAAAGAAAGUAAAACAAUAUAAAAACAGUUACAUAGAAACUAGUAAUGAAUGAAAAUUAGUAAAAUUAACUGUUAAAGGUUAGUAUUAUUAGUGGAGCAGCAGCACGCACAAUCAUGUGUGCUUACGGACUGUAUCCCUUGCAGACUGUAUUGAUAUAUAUUGAUAUAUAAUGUAGGAACCAGAAUAUUGAUAACAGAAAGAAAUGGGGGGAGGGAGGUUUUUUGGGUUGGUGCACUAAUUGUAAGUGUAUCUUGUGUUUUUUAUGUUGAUUUAAUUUAAAAAAAAAAAAAAAAAAAAGCAGAUACCGAUAAAAAAAAAAAACCGAUACCGAUAAUUUCCGAUAUUACAUUUUAAAGCAUUUAUCGGCCGAUAAUAUCGGCCGGCCGAUGAUAUUGGACAUCUCUAAUUUCUACCCUUCUUGAGACAUGAAGAAGGAAAAGUUUCUUCCAUAUGAGGAGGUGUGAACAAAAUGAGGGUGGUCCCAAAAAGGAGGGAUUUUUCAAACUGACUGGGUGUCGCUCUUUUAAAAGUGCUCCCCCUCUGGUCAAAAAUAUGUAAUAACAACUGUGUGUAAGAAAUUGAAAUGCGCCCCUUUUGGCCAAAAUUAAUUUUUUUAAAAAAUGUAAUGAUGUAUAUGGAGACAUACUUUAAUAACGAAGUAAAUAACGAAGAUUAGAAACCAAUUACAAAAAAUUACAAAAAAAAAAAAAAAAGCUUACCUUUUUUAUAUUUGCAUAGUAUGUAUAUAUUAUUAAUGUUGUAAAUACAAAUCUUUAUAUAUCUAGAAAGGCUGGUCCUAAAGAGAGAGGCAUUUUUCGGAGGUCUCAAGAAGGUCAGAAAUACAAGAAUGUGUGUGUGUGUGUGUGUGUGUGUUCUUGUAUUUCUACCCUUCUUGAGACACGAAGGAAAAGUACCUUCCAUAUGAGGAGGUGUGAACAAAAUGAGGGUGGUCCCAAAAAGGAGGGAUUUUUCAAACUGACUGGGUGUCGCUCUUUUAAAAGUGCUCCCCCUCUGGUCAAAAUAUGUAAUAACAACUGUGCGUAAGAAAUUGAAAUGCGCCCCCUUUGGCCAAAAUUAAUUUAAAAAAAAUAUGUAAUGAUGUAUAUAGAGACAUACUGUAAUAACGAAGAUUAGAAACCAAUUACAAAAAAUUACAAAAAAAAAAAAAAAAGCUUGCCUUUUUUAUAUUUGCAUAGUAUGUAUAUAUUAUUAAUGUUGUAAAUACACAUCUUUAUAUAUCUAGAAAGGCUGGUCCUAAAGAGAGAGGCAUUUUUCUCAGGUCUCAAGAAGGUCAGAAAUACAAGAAUGUAUGUAUGUAUGUGUGUGUGUGUGUGUGUGUGUGUGUGUGCGUGCGUGCGUUCAAACAUGAAUGAAAGGAGCGCCCUCACACACUGAGCGUGUGCACUGCAGGCACGCCACACAGCACGGUCACGUGACCGCGCCAGCUCGUUUCCACGGUUACGUCCAGACGAGGCGUGAAACACUUAAUAAGGAGCUCCGACACACACAUUUGUUAGCCGACAUCCCAGCGAGCGAUUAUAAACUCCCAAGGGAGGGAAAUGUCGACACGAUUCUUCGACUUUUCGCAGUUCUUACCAAGCUAGCUGACGUAGCAAAUAACAACUUUAGCACGUUUUCUUCCCGGUAAUUGUUGAAUGUGCCACAAAGCUGCUUUCACUCGAGUGAAAUGCUGAAAUCCGAGAUUGUUGGCUUUUGGUCCUUCUGGCACUACGACGCCGUUAGCAUGCUAACACGCUAGUUAGCGUUCACUGACUGAGCGGCGCCAAAUAAAUGCGCACUUUGCUUAAAUGUUCACUGUUCAAAAUGGCCAUGGUUCAUGGAGUGCAUGCCGAAGUUCUAUCCGAGGCUAAUGCGGCUUGUUCCGUUCCAGGAAGUCGGCGUGCAAGUUUAUGUUGUUUUAAUUCCAUUUGCCAAGAAUGCUAGCAGCGAUGCUAACGUCACAGAUGAUACGUUUGUGUGUUCCUGUUGUAUCAAACCUUAUACAAUCCUCAAACUUGAUGUGGGGAGGAAAAAGCCGUUGAUAGGCUAAAUUGCUAAGCUAAAAUUGGACAAUCUUCGUUUGAGAAGGUGCUUUUUUUUUUUAGUGAACUCGACUGACUUGGAGGACUUUCAGUGUUUUCAUGAGAAGAUCGAAAGCUCUCGUUGUAUAAUUUGCUGCUGGGGAUCAGUUUGCACUUUGUUAGCAUGAAGUGUGUGAUUAGCUUCAGGCUAGUCUUUACUCCGCUUCUUAUAUAAUUCCAGUGUUUUCAUUCCAAGCUCAUUUGUAGAGAAGUUAUUUUGUUUGUGUGUAUAUAAUAUAUAUAUAUAUAUAUAUAUAUAUAAAGCGGAAUUUAAAAAGAUGGCUUGGAAGUUAUAUAGAUUUGCUUACAUGAUGUAGUUUUUAGGAGUUAUUUUAUUUGAACUCAAAUCACUUCCUCUUUUGUUUUUGUUGAACUUUUAUAGUUUUUAAUCAGGAGGAACACCAUUGAAUACUUUGAAUAAUUCUCUUUCACUAGCAAAUAAACUCAGUCCUGUUUCUGUUGUUGGUUUGUCAAUCUUUAAUGGAGCGUCACAAACUGCAUUCAAACAUUAUGUUGAUUUAGAUUCACUUCCUGGGUGUGUUACU